GGGGAGGAUGGUGUGGGGAAACUGGGAGCGGCUGGGGAAAUGGGGCUGUGCCCCUGGAGUUCUGGGCGAGGCCCGGCCAGGGCUGGCGAGGAGCUGGGUGGGCUUCAGCCCCACUGCUGGCUGCCUUGGAAAGCUGUGCUGGAGCUCGGCAGCCCCAGCAGGGAAGCGUGUAGCCUUUUCCGACACACGCAAGCUUUCCUCUCCGAUAUUGCCAGUCGAAAAAUUCCUGUCCUCCUAAGCGUUACCAGAAGUCAGUCACCUCUUCCUUUUUACCUCUGAAAUUCUCCUGCUCCUAAAGGGUUUUUCCUUUCCUUCCACAGCAUUCCUGAAAUGCCACGCUGACCUCCAGCCACUUACUGCCCCCGGCCUUCCUUCUCCCCAUGCCUUCCACCAUGGCAGCCCGCUUGGUGCGAAGGUGCUGCUGGCGGCACUUCGGUGCCUUCAUCUCUACUCCCUCGGCAGUCCCGGCUUCUCUGCUGGUGCCAGCUGGGAAGGUGGUGAUGGCAAGAGCUCUGCCUCAAGCACCUUUCACUUUAUUUCAUACUUCGAGCCCUUCCAGCUGGGCAGAUGGAUUCUCGGUCAAAGAGCAGGUGGAUGACAGCAGAAAUCCAGAGCACAAAGUGACUGGGGAACUGAUUGAAACAGCCACGAGUCCUCAGGAACUCUUCCAGUUGAGCGAACUCCAUGCUCUUAAUAGCAACGAAGCCUCGCUAAUAAUUUCUCAACUCUCCCGCCUUGCAGCAGAAAAAAACUUGGAAACGGAGAGCAUUCUGCAAGACGCACGUUUCCAACAGCUCAUCAGCAUCACAGAUUCCCAGAUUUCUCAAGUGUGGAAUAACACCUUGGUGAACCUCCUGAAGAGCCUCUACUCCCUGGGGAUGGAGAGCACCAGGAGGGAGAUGCAGUCGGUGGAGCAGGAGGUGCUGUGGCUGCUGCGGCGCCUCACCUUCAAGCAGCUCGCCUCGCUGGCAGAGUUCUUGGCAGUCAGGCAGGGGAAGGAAAGCAAGUUGCUGAACGAAGUCAUCAAGAAGCUGGAGCUGCGUUGGAUAGAGCUCGAGGGCACCCGAACCGUGGUGACACUGAUGAGCAAGGUCGGGCACAUCUCCCCAGCUCUGAUGGACCGGCUGGAGGACAAGGCUCUGGAACUUGCUGAACAGUUCAGCCCCGAUGACAUCCGGAAAAUAACACUGGCUCUAGCCUACCAGAACCGGCGCUGCGUGCCUCUGCUUCGAGCCUUGUCCUACCACCUGAUCCAGAAGCACUCUGAGCUCAGCCUCAACAUCCUGAUGGACCUGAUUUUCGCCUAUGGAAAAAUGAAUUUCCACCAGCCCCAGGUCUUCCAGAAGAUAGCCACCGACCUGCACCCCCACGUUUCCACGAUGACGCCCAUCGAGGUGACGCGCUGCAUCCGAUCCUUCGCCCUCCUCAAGUGGCUCAGCCUGCCGCUGUUUGAGGCCAUUGCGCAGUACACCAUGGACAACACCAAGCAGUUGUCGGUCACCCAUCUGUGCAGUAUCAUCCUGUCUUUUGCUCGCCUGAACUUCCAGCCCAGCGGAAGCGAGGAUUUCUUCAACAUGGUCCAUGAGAAGCUCCAGAGCCAGCUGAACAGCCUGGAGCCUCAUGUGCUGAUGGAUCUGGUGUGGUCACUCUGCGUGCUGCAGCAGGCCAAGGCUCCCUACCUGCAGCGAGUGCUGGCGCCUGACUUCCACGCUCGGAUCCGAGGUGAUCAGUCCCCCAAGGCCCAGAACUUACGGCUGAAGCUCAUCCACAUCAAUGCUGCUGCCAAGCUGGAAAUCCCCAACUACCGGGGGCCAUUCCUGCCGGCAGAGAUGCUGAGCCUCGCGGAGCCGGCGGGGGAGAAGGUCACCCUGCUGCAGAGCAGCCUGCGGGAGGCAUUGGCGGGGGUGCUGGGCAGCCAGGACAACGGGCGCUUCGACGUACGCACCAUCUAUGGCUGGCAGAUCGAUGCCGAGAUGGUGGUGAACAGCGAGAACAAACCUCUCCCCUUGAAGGACUUUGCUGCUCCCCAUCUGCUCCACUCGGAAGGGAAAAAGCCGCUGCCGCCGGGUGCCAGGAGGGUCGCCUUCCUCCGGUGGGAAUUCCCCAAUUUCAGCAACAGAAGCAAGGACCUGCUGGGCCGCUACGUCAUGGCCCGGCGCCACGUCCAGGCGGCCGGCUUCCUCGUGGUGGACGUGAGUAGCUGUGGGGAAGAGAGGGAUCUCUUAAUUCCAUGGAGACAGAGGAGCAGACACCUUCUUGGGGAGGCGGGGGGGGUACCAGCUUCCUUCUCACUCCCCUCAUGUUCUUCCCGACGGCUCCCAGUGCUCCUUCCUUGCCCGUGCCGGGAUUAGCUGCCAUGAUCCCCUCCAGGCCAGCUGGUCGGCAGCCCGAAGGCACCGGGGAGGCGGGGGG